CUCUCUCUCUCUCUUUGAAAUUCGUUCUGUCAGUGGCGAAUCCUGAAGGGUUGAUAGACUCUGUAAAGAACAGAUUGAUCCUAGUCUUUAAUCCAAUGCCUUCAGUUGCUUCACCCCAGUGGCAAGAAAAAGCUUCUGAAUUUUUGAAUACUUCAGGGGUGAAGAUAAAAGAAGCGGGGCAAACUGCUGGUACAUUUGUUGGGGAGGUUGCAAAAGAUGCAAAAGGGAAUGUUUCUGAUGUUGCUGGAAAAGUAGGGUCAAUUGUCAAAAGUCGUUGGUCACUCCUACAUCGGCCUUCGACAAGACAAGCUGUGCAAGAGCGGCUUAUUUCUGCAGCUGCUACAACAGGAUUCUUCAUAAGGAAGGGUUAUUCAGAAACAAAGGAAAAGGUUGUGGUAGGAACAACAAAAGUUGAAGAGGUAGCCAAGAAGACUGCACAAAAAAGCAAGACUAUUUUGACCGACAUUGAGAGAUGGCAAAAGGGAGUUGCAAGCACUGAUGUGUUUGGAGUUCCUAUUGAAAUCACUGUCCAGCGGCAACAAUCCAGCAGGCCCAUUCCCCAUAUUUUGGUCAGAUGUGCAGACUUUCUCAUAUUAUCUGGACUAAAUUCACCUGAAUUGUUUAGAUCUGAAGGAGACAAGAAGGUUAUUCAGCAACUGGUUUCAAUUUAUAAUCAAGAUCCGAAUGCAUCUUUCUCUGAAGGUGUAAGUGACACUGAUGGGGCAGCUCUGAUAAAGUGUUAUCUUGCCAGUCUUCCUGAGCCAUUAACUACAUUUGAGCUUUACAAUGAAAUCAAGGGUGCUCGUUCCAGCAUACAUCAAAUGCGAGAUAUAUUGAAGAAGCUUCCAACAGUUAAUUACAUGACACUAGAACUUGUGACGGCUCUGCUUCUUCGCGUUAGUCAAAAGUCACUUGUCAACAAGAUGGAUGCUCGAAGUCUUUCCAUGGAGAUGGCUCCCAUCAUUAUGUGGCAGAAGGGACAUGAAUCAGAAUACUGUAGACAACUAUGGAAUCACCAAGUUAAAACAACUAACAAGAACUCAGACCCCCCUUCACCAAAAUAUAAUUCUUGGGACAUAUUGGGAGAUUUUCACCCUAAAGUAUGGCAAUCUGUUCCAUAUGCCUGUGUCAUUUUACCAGAAGAAGAUGAAGAUGAAGAUGCAUCCUCCCCUAUUCCUUUGGAUGAUGGGAUGCCAAUUGACUUUGGUGCAAUUGAAGUUGUUCAAUGUUUAAUCGAACAUCAUAAUGCCAUUUUCACAGAUGCUAAUGAAACCGUCUGGAGAUAAAUUGUUCUUCUUUAUGGUCAUCGGUUUCUUCCAUAAUACCAGGCUGGUCUACUACUGUGACUGCCAUAUGUUCAUAUUCUUUUGGUUUGUUUAAAAGGAUUUCAACAUGAGAAUAAUAUACAGUGAAGAAUUCAUGACUGGUUUGAGCUUUAAGAAAUAUUUUUUUUAUAGAGAUGUGCAUGAAAUAUUUGUCCCCAACCUUUUUGUUAUAUCAAGGUUUAGUUGUGCAUGAAAUAUACAAAUAUUUGGUGGUUUUCCUGAACAUAAUAAUUGAUGGAUGAAACUAGUUCUUUUUUA